AAAUAAUAAGUCAAAAAAAAACCCCCAUAAAAUACGAAAGCUGAAACCAAAAAGGAGAAGGAAAACACGCACACACACAAUCAAAAGUCACGCAACCAUGCGAAAGUAUUUUACACUGAAGCCUCAACGAAACUUCUUUGUAAACUUCGAUCUAACUGUUCGUUAAGUCUUUCACAUACGAGAAGCGAAUCGCGUUUUCCUUAGGGUAGAAAUUUGAGGCGGUACUGAUUUUUAAAUUCUUAAAUUUUUUUUUUAAUGUAAAGGGGAGACUUGCCACGACGACGACAACGAAUUAAGCCGGAGAAUUGGAAGAGCAGGGGGCAAUUUUGCAGUGUUAUUUUUUUUUUAUGCUUGCAAUCGGAAUUGAGAUAUGUUGAUGCCAGACGACAGAUCGAACAUAUUGUCGUCCGACGAGGGUUUUCCUUAUGAUGAAGUUGAUGAUCAUGGGAAUGAGCUUUCAAUUGAUUUGGGGGCUUUAUUGGAUUUAUUGGAAGAAAGUGCCGAACCUUCCCAGGCUAGGCCUGAAGAUUUAUCAACUAACCUGAUGCAAGGUUUAAGUGCUUCUGAGUGUGCUGAGACAUCUGUCGCUUUUGAGGAUGCAAAGCUUGAGUCCAAAUGGCCCCUUGCAUCUCCAGUUCAUAGCUCUUCUGGGAGUUUAAUUGACUGGAUUUCAGUUCAAGAUGGCCACUUAGGUGUAGAUAAGGAUACUGUUUCUGGAAAUGCUUCAUCGAGUAGCAUACACGAUAUCAAAUAUAUAAAACAUGAAAUACCUGAUCGUGGCCAGACAUUCUGUUUCCCUGCGGGAAUCUAUAAUUAUCACUCUGCUGAUAUCUCUGAAAAACAGUUUGAGAAUGAGAAUUCCUCGAGAGCCUUGCAAGCUGCGCCCAAAGUGGAGGAAUAUUCUGGGUUGGAAAUUGGCUUAUCUAAUGAUAGAUUUCCAGGCUAUGGAUAUCCAAGCUCACCUGGUGUUAGUGAUAUGGUUGAUCCGUCUUCUUCUUCUGCGUCUGACCAGUUUAAUUCUUUUAAUUUUGAUUUAUAUUCGAUGGCGGAUGAUACGAGAAAGAUGACCAGCGCAAAGGAAGAGAUGGAAAUGUCAUAUGACGUGAGUACAGAGGAUCUGGCUGACCAGGGGCUUAGUCAUCCUUUUUUGGGUGGAGAUCAUGAUUCUGUUAACUACAGAGUCCCAACUUUUAGCAAUGGUAACUUUCUCAUGAAGCAGGAAACUCAUUUGAGUCAUAAGCAAGAGGAGAAUUUGACACAUAAUGAUGCCAUGGAUAUAAAAUUUUUUGGUGAUGUUGCUGGGCAGUCUCCUGGUGUAUCUUCCUCCAGUUCUGUGACUUUGGGUUUAUGUCGCAAAAGUGAGGUUUUGGCUGUGGAAAACAUGUGCAAACUCCCUGAAUACAAAAGACCUCGUUUAAGUCUUGAUGAUUAUGAUGAAACUGCUUCUGGAGUCGGUAUGUGGAAUAUAAGACCAUUGGCAGUAUCAGUAACUAACACAAGCAACCAACAAAUUAAUUGCACAAAUUUGAAUGGAGUUGGUGGACCUGUUUUGAAUCGAGUUGGUGGACCUGUUUUGAAUCCAAUUAGUGCACCUGUUUUGAAUCCAAUUGGUUCGCCUGUUUUGAAUCCAAUUGGUGCACCUAUUUUACCUAUGUUUAAUGGAUCUCACAUUGCAAACAUGAAUGGUCAAAACAUGUGGAGUGAUUCUUAUAUCCAAAACUGUGACAGUGAUGAUGAUGGAGACUUGUGUGUGUUGGAGGAGAUUAGUGGACCUCCUCAGUUAAAAAUAUUUUCACCACUUAUUAAUGGCAAGUCUCCCAUUGCUUCACGGUCUGCAGUAAUUUGUAGCUCUUUGCAGGCAACAUCUGUGGGGCAAAUUAAGCACAAGGCAAAUGGCGAAAACCGUAUCUUUCAGGCUGUAUUGCAGGAUCUCUAUCAACAACAAUCAGAAGAUUCUCCUCCGGAGGGUUUAAUGGCAGUUCCUUUGCUGAAACAUCAGCGUAUUGCUCUCUCGUGGAUGGUGAGGAAGGAGAAUGCUGUUUCCUGUUCUGGUGGUAUUCUUGCUGAUGAUCAGGGUCUUGGGAAGACCGUAUCAACAAUAGCUCUUAUUUUAAAGGAGAGGUCUCCAACGUCUCUUGAACUUAACAGGAAAGAAAAUGAGCCAGAAACACUGAAUUUAGAUGAUGACGACGAUGAUGAUAAUAAUGACAGUCUGUCAAAGGUUGGGUGCUUAAACCAAGGUGACGAGUCUGCUCAAGUGGAUGGACAUGUUGGUGGGAGGAGUACUUCCCCACAAUCUAAACGUAGACCAGCAGCUGGUACUCUUAUUGUAUGUCCAACAAGUGUCCUCCGGCAGUGGUCCGAGGAACUCCAGAACAAGGUCACUAGUAAAGCUAACCUCUCUGUUCUGCUUUAUCAUGGUAGUAAUCGAACUAAAGAUCCUCAUGAGCUCGCCAAGUAUGAUGUUGUGCUCACUACUUAUGCAAUAGUUAGCAUGGAGGUAGCUAAGAGGCCCACGGUUGAUGAGGAUGACGAUGAUGCAAAGGGCACUUCUGAUUUCCCAGUGGAACUUUCAUCCUUUAAAAAUAGGAAAUAUCCUCCUCACUCUAGUAAAAAAUCUUCUAAGAGCAAGAAGAAAGUGGAGGUUGACUUGCAGGACAUUCGGCCUCUUGCUGGCGUGGGAUGGUUUAGAGUUAUAUUGGAUGAGGCUCAAAGCAUAAAGAAUCACCGGACACAAGUGGCUAGGGCGUGUUGGGCUCUUCGUGCUAAACGGAGGUGGUGUUUGUCUGGAACACCCAUGCAGAAUGCAGUAGAUGAUCUUUACAGCUAUUUCAGGUUUCUUAAGUUUGACCCGUAUUCAGGUUAUAAAUCGUUUUGUUCGGAUAUUAAGGCUCCAAUACAACGAAGUCCUGUAACUGGGUACAAACGGCUUCAGGCUGUGCUAAAAACCAUCAUGCUUCGUCGCACCAAAGGCUCACUAAUUGAUGGUGAACCAAUUAUCAAUCUACCUCCAAAAACAAUUAAAUUGCACAAAGUGGAUUUUUCCCCCGAGGAACGGGAAUUUUACCAGACACUGGAGUCUGACUCACGGGCUCAGUAUGCAGAAUAUGCAGCUGCUGGAACUGUGCAGAAAAAUUAUGUUAACAUCCUAUUGAUGCUGUUGCGUCUUAGACAAGCUUGUGACCACCCUCUUCUUGUUAAGGGGUUCGGUUCAAAUUCCAAAUCAAUAUCCUCUAUUGAGACGGUCAAGAAAAUUCCACCGGAGAAACAACUUCACCUUCUGCAGCGUUAUGAAGCUUCCUUGUCAAUUUGCCGCAUAUGCAGGGAUCCUCCUGAAGAUUCUGUCAUAACUAGCUGUGGACAUAUUUUCUGCAAUCAGUGCAUAAGUGAACACCUAAGUGGUGAUGACACUCAUUGCCCUGCUGCAAAUUGCAAAACACAUCUCAAAGGGGUUGCUGUAUUUUCGGUAGCGGCGCUGAGAUGUUCCCUAUCUGAUCAGCCGGCUCCAGAUUGCCCGCAUCCUAAACAGGAACAGAUGUCUGAGCUUCUUUGUCCAGGUUCCGCUUAUGAUUCUUCCAAGAUUAGGGCUGCUCUUGAGGUUUUGCAAUCUCUCAAUAAACAACAUGAUUAUUCAAGAACAAGCUCCCCGAGCUUCGUGGAUGUUAGAACUCCUACUGCAGAAGAUGCAUCUGGCCGUCAUUCAAUGGGAGUGAAUGAGAGUGGAUGUGAUGUAGAAAACAAGGGAAGGGGUGAACCUUCCAGAUGUUCAGUUGGGGAGAAAGCAAUUGUUUUCUCCCAGUGGACGAGAAUGCUGGAUUUACUUGAAGAGUGUCUGAAAGAUUCUGGCAUUCAGUACCGGAGACUUGACGGAACGAUGUCUGUCGUUGCUAGAGAUAAAGCUGUGAAAGAUUUUAAUACUCGUCCAGAGGUUUCUGUGAUGAUAAUGUCACUAAAAGCUGCUAGUCUUGGGCUCAAUAUGGUGGCGGCCUGUUAUGUACUUUUGCUGGACCUUUGGUGGAAUCCCACAACAGAGGAUCAAGCCAUUGACCGUGCUCAUAGGAUUGGACAGACCCGUCCAGUCACAGUUUUGCGGUUGACUGUAAAAGACACAGUUGAAGAUCGAAUCUUGGCCCUUCAGGUAUUGAUAAACACGGUUUGAUUUAUAGAUGGUCAAAUAUUUCCCCCGUCCGUGCCAAACUCCCAGAAAGAUGAUCUAUUAUUGGAAGAAUAUAUUUAACCUUCUUUAUUUUUCGAACCAUAUUGCAUUUCGUCAACUAUAUUCUUUUGUCAUGGGUUGGUCUCCAGUUCAAGUACCAUCAUAAGUGAACAAGUUCCUUUCAAAUCAAGAAAGCAAUGUGAGUCCUUCUCAGGAGUAGUAUUCAAUAGUUACAUUUUUUUAAGGGUCAUGAUUCAUGAAAGGUUAGUACUCUCUUAAGGUUGAUGCUGCUUAAAUCUCUGCCCAAGGUACCAAGAAAAACAAAAUUUAUUUGUUCUUAAAGUGCGAGCCUCCUCACUUUGAAAUAUAUUGAAAAUUCUAAUUAGGAAGAAAUGAUGGAAAUAUCCUAAGAAGUUAUUGAGGAAUUGGGCGAAGUCCAAAAUCCCUUUUAAUCCAUACAUUUUCCUGUCGCAUUGCCACUUAAACAAGAAACGGUGAAACUAUUCCUGUUUUGGUUCUCUUUACUGGCAUACAUUCGGUGAAAAUGUCGUAUGUGAAAUAAAAUGUAGUAAUUUUAGCUCCUAGAAGUUACCUAGGAGUUGGGACAUACUCUGAGACUCUUAGUCAUAGGCAUUUUAUACCAUGAAAACUCUAGAAUUUGACUUUUAUGUACUUGAACUUGGUUGACAGGGCAAUUCCAACAAUGUGAUCCGUUAGAAUGUUUGUCUUGCUGUCCUUGUUUUCUUGAUUUGAGAAGAGGGGGGCUAAUGCAUUUUUAGCGAUUAAGAGCUGUAUUUGUUUACCUAUUUUCUUGAAGUAGUGCUUAAUUAUUCCUCAUGUCAUGGGCCUCCUUGAACAUAUAGAUUUCUAUUAUCUCAUUACUUUGUGCAAUGACAUAUGGCUAACAUGUGCAACGUGAAUUUUUCAGCAAAAGAAGAGAGAGAUGGUAUCUUCUGCAUUUGGGGAGGAUGAUUCUGGUUCCCGGAAUACAAGACUUACCGUGGAGGAUUUGAAUUACCUAUUUUCGUGAACGGAUGAGAUUGAUGAGCUCCUUUCAACCCUUACAAAUUCUUUUUCUCCCCUGAAAUUUUGGUUGGCGUUUGUUUAUUGCCAGAUGGAGAUUUAGGCGCAAAUGAAUUGCAUAGGACUAACUGGAUUGGUGACAUACAUGUAUAGGUUGAUCAUGUGGAGAGUUAUAAAAGUCAGAAGGCUUUGCAUGAUCCAAUUCUUUUGAAGGGUGGUUGCUUAACUUCUUAGCUUUGUAUAGGAAUGACGGACCUUUACUUCUGGGUAUGGAAUUUGAUUCCCUGAUUUCAUGAUUCUUUGACGUUGUGGUGUAAAUGAUAGGUUCCCUGGAUUAGCCUUUUCCCCACUUUUCUGCUAUUUUGACCGCAAGAAUUGCACUAGAUUGGUUGUUAGCGGUAUAAAGUAUAACCUACAGUUCGGUAUUGCUUCAAGUAUCGACUCUGUUGGUUAUUUUUGGACUUUUCUUGUUUAAAUUUGCUGUAUGAUAUAGUGCACUCUUGUACGAUUAUUUUGUGACGGAAAGAGUGUAGCUAAGAAACUAUUAAUUUACAUUAUCUUCAUAAUAAAAAUUGUGAUGGAAGGAGCUUAUCCAAUA